UUCAGGUCUUUCCACCCAGGCCGAUUGAAGAGGGAAGGCGAGCCUCUCAUACGCUCUGGACUGGUGUCCGUCAGAAACACUCGCCACCCUUCACGGUAGCAAUUUAGGUUGAACCAGGAGCGAAUGCGUCUAGGGCUGGCUCCAGCUGUCCAAACAGUCGACGUAGGAGGAGGGCAGGCUCGGACAUGGAGAGAAACAGCAUUGACCCGCCUGAGAGUUAUCGGUGAUCUUUGCAACCCGUGAGGCCUUAACAUUUUCAUCUUUCUUUUCUCUUUUGACAUAUAUAUGUGUCUGUACGUAUGUAUGUGUGCAUAUGUUAUCAUCCAUACAUGCAUACAUAUAUGUAGCAAGAAAAUCCUGUGAUUUACCAAGCCGAAGGGAGAAAAAAUUCUACUCGUUAAUGGACUGAAUGAACAACGCGUAUAGAUGUAUAGCCAAAGACGUAUAUGCCAUGAACCCGGAGAUUACAAUGGACAACAUUGGGAAUUUGCAUGGUGGAAUAAGCCAUGAGCAUUCAACGGGCGAUCUCAUGAACAGCCAUCAUCGGCAGGCGGUUUCGGUGGCUCAUCGGGAACUGACGACUAGAUCUGCAAUGGUAUCCGGUAUGGCUUCCAUCCUGGAUGGGACAGGGGAUUACCGCCCGGAGCUUUCCAUCCCGCUGCACCCGGCCAUGAGCAUGUCCUGCGAGUCUCCACCUGGCAUGGGCAUGAGUAGCACCUAUACCACACUCACGCCACUCCAGCCCUUGCCUCCCAUAUCCACCGUCUCGGACAAGUUCCACCACCCUCACCACCACCACCACCACCAUCACCACCAUCACCACCAGCGACUCGCGGGCAACGUGAGCGGGAGUUUUACCCUGAUGCGGGAUGAGAGGGGGUUGCCUGCCGCCAUGAACAAUCUCUACAGCCCGUACAACAAGGACAUGCCCGGGCUGACACAGAACCUCUCUCCUCUGUCCAGCAACCCUCUGGGAAAUGGCCUUGCUUCAAUCCACAACAGCCACCAGGGCAUCCAGGGCUACGGGAGCCACGAGAAGAUGCUCAGCCCAAACUUCGAAUCUCACCCGGCCAUGCUGGUCAGAGGGGACCAGCACUUGCCCCGGGGUCUCGGAGUCCCGCCGGCGGGCAUGAUGCCACAUCUGAACGGCAUGCAUCACCAUCACCACCACGAUCACCCAAGUCACCAUCAGUCUCACGGGCCAGUGUUGGCUUCGAGCCGCGAUCGUCCUCCGUCCUCCUCCGACGCGCAGACCACCAGCUCGGGCCAGCUGGAAGAAAUUAAUACCAAAGAAGUGGCACAAAGGAUCACAGCGGAACUCAAACGCUACAGCAUUCCGCAGGCGAUCUUCGCUCAGAGGGUGCUGUGCCGUUCACAGGGAACCCUCUCUGACCUUUUAAGAAACCCCAAGCCUUGGAGUAAACUUAAAUCGGGACGGGAGACCUUCAGGCGGAUGUGGAAGUGGUUGCAGGAGCCUGAGUUCCAGAGAAUGUCAGCCUUAAGGCUCGCAGCAUGCAAACGCAAAGAACAAGAACAGAACAAAGAGAAGAGCAAUACACCAAAGAAGCCACGGCUAGUUUUCACUGACCUCCAACGCCGAACUCUUUUCGCCAUUUUCAAAGAAAAUAAGCGUCCAUCCAAGGAGAUGCAGAUCACAAUCUCGCAGCAGCUCGGUCUGGAGUUAAGUACCGUCAGCAAUUUCUUUAUGAACGCCCGGAGGCGAAGCCUGGACAAAUGGCAGGACGAAGCCAUGUCAAGCCCAGGCGCUUCAUCGUCGACCUCAAGCACUUGUACCAAAGCAUGAUUGAGGACAGUGCACUUGAACUGGGCACAACUCAACACUUUUUUCUUUUUCUUUUGCUUUUUCAAGAGGCUGUUCAGUGGUGAGUGCAUAAGCACAAUCUUCAUUAACACACUUUUUUUUUUCCAAUUGAAUAGGGAUGCCAUAUAAUUUAAUGCGUCUGGCAUUAAAGGUUAUCCCCAAAUUCUCUUGGGCGCCUGCUGCACACUGACACCGAACCUGAGGCUCCGUUUUGGUGCAUUUUCAGAUGUAAUCAGGCAGGGCAUAAUGAGUUAUUUUGCCAAGCAAUAACUUAUCCAGUGCUUUGCCUGAAAGUUAGAGGGAAAAGAAUGAACACCUUUAAUCAUAAAGUUCAUCUGUGAGUUGGCUCGGUUGUCAGUUCGUGGUAAGGCGACACAACGACAUUUGAUGUGGGACAACUUGCACAGACACCAAAAGUAGGAGACGCCCAUUUUAACCAUGAUUUUUUAAAAUAAACAUCAAUAGAAUUAUUGGAGAACAUUUGUACAAUCAUGCUACCUCAUCACUGAUCGGCCUGUUUUAUGAUGGGCUGUUGGUGAUGAGUACGCAAGCACAAACUAUCAAAACACAUUCUGGAUAUUUUCAAACCUACCUUCAAGCUACACAAUUUGAUUUUUUUUGAAUGAUGCCAUGAAACGUGUGCUUGCCACCGUAUCCACUCCUUGGGUAGAGCGGAUAAUGGUGAGGGUGGCAGCAUUACAUUCAUGCACAUUCCUUUCAUUCUAUUCACUGGCAUUCUGUAAUGUGUAGUCGUGUGGUUGGUACCCUUUUCCUUCUCGCCCCCCCCCCCCCCAGAAAACCCUAACACCCGCUGUUAGCUGUCCUUGUUAGUAAUAAUUGUUUGUCCAACAGUUGCAGAUCACUAUGCAUUCAUAUACUUAGUUUCAAUUCCUGAGCAAGGCUAGUUUAGUAUUGCAAACGCACUGAGUAGCCCGUGGAAAGGGGGGCUUCCCAUGUGCAGAAGCACAAGCAUUACAUAGCUUUAUUUUUCCUAAAAGGAGGCAACAAAGUCUCUCUUCCUCCCCCUCCCUCCUCCACAUGUGCACAUUCACCACUGAACGGGUCCUUUUAGAACAUCCCCGGCGUGUUCAAAGGCAAGCCAAAGGCUAUAAAGACUCUCAUGAAGACACUUGAUACUUUUUUUUCUAUUUAUUAUAAAAUCGAAACCAAAGAAACUUUUUCUGCACCUAAUUGUUCUGCAACAAACUUGUAAAAAAAAAAGCACGUCAGGAAACAACAUAGGCACUGUGUUUCAAUGGAUGUCUUAGUCGUUUUAGGGAAGCAGAGUUUUGAAAGGGUUAAAACGCAAAGUAGAAACAAGAAGAGAGCAAUGCAAGAGUUAUCGCUGCUUCAUUUAACGACAUUCUCCGCCUCUUAAAGUUGAAUAUUGUCUUUAACGUGUGCCUAUGCAGUUUUUGAGAGACGUUGUACAGAACAACAGAAAACCUCUUCCGCUUCAACCAAAGUCAGCUUCACAAAGUCGUGGAUCUGUUUGUAUUUUUUAUGCAACACAGUUGAAUACUGUUUGCAUCACUGGCCCGUCCUUCAACGACGGGUUAAGAGAGGGAAACCCCCUACUCAAUUUUACAAUUUCCUUUUAAUUAGCAAAUUCCAAUGGAACGGAUACCGACAAAUGGAUCCAAAUGGCUCCAAGCACAAGAUGUUAAGGUGCAGAUUAAACACCUCUACCAAAGACAGCAACCUAUUCCCAUAUCGCGGUAAAGGUAACUAAAUAUGGGAGGGUUUGCAUAUUGUAUGUUGUAUUACAUUAAUUACUAAGCAUUACUGUGGCAUCUGAUUUUAGUCAUAUAACAAACAUUAUACAGAUCCAAUAUUUCUUACAUGUUUCCAGUUGGAUAAUUUAAAUGAAAUAAUAAUUGUAAUGAUUCAAUUUAUUCUAAUUUAAUACAGUUCAUUCAAUAUUAAUAUAUUUUAAAUUAAUUUACAAGUACUGUCAAAUCUAGUUUAAGAUUUAUAAUUUUCUAUUUUGAAAUGUUGACAUGAUAAUUAUUUAAUUUAGAAGGCUCAGGAUCUAUUGAAUAAUAGAUAUUUUUUCAUACAGUUCACUUCAUCGCAAGCACAACAAGCCCACUGGUAAUGUUCAUCAAUGAUUACAAUGGCUAAUGUAUCAUUUGUGCUUUAACCUAAGAAUCCUAUGCGUUUCUUUUUCAUUGUGUGUCAAUUGACCUUUAGCUCAGCAUCUUGUGCAUGGAGUUCAUGCACACGUCUAAGAUGAGUUCAACUUUCAAGAAUAUCAGGAAAUCUCCAAGAACUUUACAAAAAGAAGACAGUGCAGUAUUGAUGUACUGUAUUCCAACGGCUUUAUCCAGGAAUGUGGAAGCUUUUAACCUUAACCAAAGCUAUAUCCAAAGAAACCAAACCGAUUGGACCAGCAAAUUGAAGGUAGUCCCCACAGAGAGAAUCAACAGUAUUUUCCCAGUGCAGCUUUUAUUCUUUUUUUAUCAACUUGGUUGUUAAAAAUAGGUAUACAAUACUGUGGCAAAAAGAUCAGACAAUUGACCGUGAAUUUUGCAUUGCAAGUCACAAUACCCACAUACCAUGUAAGUGAUUUAACUAACAAAAGUUGAUUUCUAAACAAUUUAGUAAUUUUAAAGUGCUUUUGACUGUAGAUUAGAAAUCAAAAAAAGCUAUAUUAGCUUUGUUAUUAUUAUUAUUUGUAUUAUUAUUUCAGUAUUUAUUGUAAACUAUAUUUAAAUAGUGAUUUUUCUCUUAUUUAUCAAAUAUUAUAAAUGCAUUUAUAGUAAAAGAUGUAGUGCUUCAGAAAGCCUCAGGUUUUCACACUGUCUGCUUAUUUUGUAAAGCAGACAAGGUUGAUUUAUUUAACUUUGACUUUUAUUUUUUAAUUGGGAAAAAAUGCAAAUUAUCAACGGGAGUAACAUUGCAAGUAUAUAACUAUACACAUAACUGCAAAUUUCUGUAGAUUUAAAGGACAAAUGUGUUUUUUCCCCCCAAAACGUGUCAGUAGGCAUCCAUUAAAAGAAGAAUAUGAUGCCUUUUGUGCAGAAACUACCUGAGCCAAUAUCCACCAUCUUUGUUAUUGUUAUCUACCAUUUGGAUUUUAGGGCCUUCAAGCACUACAUCUUUUAUUCUCAAUUUUCAAUGCCAAAGAAUUAUUCCACUAUAAGCACUGAAAGAUAACCCUUCAGUCUUACUAGUAAUUACACGGAUGAGCAAUGAUUUUAUAUGGAACAAUACAGCAUGUACUGAUGGGAAAGUGAAUACAUAACAGGAAAUAUGUUAGUGAUCUUUCCACCAUUGUUUAGCCCUACGUCCAAAUGGCUUUAGAUAACUUCUUUUGAUUGUGAUGAAGUCUUUAGCAUUAGUGACAAGAGACAGAAAAAAACCCUGAACUCGCUGCUUCCAGGUAUGAACUAUAUGUAAAAGCUCUUUCUACUUCUAGUGAGAACCAAAGAGGCUACCUCACUGAAUUUUUCCAUUUGUAAUUUUAAUCGCGUCGAUGAUACCAAAGAUACCAAAGAUUUCUUUCUCUGCACGGUCUGCCUUUUGCUUCUGCUCAUGUAUAGACUGUCUCCUAAAUACAGCUGCAACUCAGAUACCCCAAAGAUCUAAAUGGCCAUGUGCACUGAUUCUAAAUGUGUGCUUUUUUUUCUGUGCUGUUAAAAAAUUCCUUAAAAGAAUCCAUCAUCAGAGAUCAAACAUACUAUGUUUAACGUGUUAGAGAACCUUCAUCGUAAUGCUAGUAGUCCAUAUUUUUAUUCAGAAAAAGCUAAUGUCACCAGCAUUUUGCUGUAUUGUGCGUUCUAUGUUAAAUAUCAAUCCAAAUAUGCAGCAGUUCUGAUUGGGAUUAAUUUUAAAUAAUUUGUUUUUACAAUGUGUGACUAUUCUAUUUAUUUAAUUCCAUUCUUUCUAAAUUAAAAUUAGUAACAUCUUCUAAAGGAACCUUGAGAAUACAUAAUUGAAUUGGUAGUUCAAUCUAAGGGUUGCCAUUAUUCUGAUAGUGAUAUGAUGAUUUUUUUAAAUGGGAUAGUUGCAGCUACCAGGUGCCACUCAGAUUCUCUUUGUUUUAUCAGCACUAGUUAACACGCAUAUAUAUAAAUAUAUCUAUCUAUAUUUUUCUCUAUUCUAAACAGGAGAACACAUGCCACCUAGUUAGUUCUACAAUUGUAAUUCAGUGCCUGAUUUAAAAAAAUAUUAGUAUAAUGUCAAUUAAAUUCCUAAAAUAAAACACACUGAGAAUAUUUUAUCAAAUGUAUUUUUGAUCCUUAAGAGAUUAAACGAUGCAACUUGCAAAUUUAAAGUUCACAAAAAAAUGUAAUAGGGAAUAAAACCUAAACCUAAUAGAAAUAUUCAUCUGAACUGAACUGUUCUUUGAAAAAGUCAUGUACCCUGAACCUGAUACUAGAAUGAAUCUUCUGCUAAUCCCCUGUGAUCUUUUGGGGGAAAAAAUGAUUUGAUUAAAGCAAUUGUGUUUUCCUUGCAGUUUAAUUAGCAUUGUCUGUAUAAAUACAAAACUGAAGGAUCAGAAGCUAAAACCAUAGAAAUUACUAAUUAAUGUUUAUUUCCAAAUAAACUAUGCAAAGAUUAUUUUAACACAUUAAAAUACCUUCACCUAUUUGUACCCUCACAAACUUUCACUUUAUUUUUGCUGCCCUGGGCCAUAUUGAAACGCUCUCUCUGAUGUAUAAGCAUGCAAAAUGUUCGCAAGUCUUGUAUUUUUUAUAGGAAUUUCAAGAAGAUGUCACCCUUCUAUUCUGGGAAGAUUAAUUUGGAUUUCAUUUAACUUAUUUGUACUCAGUUGAUAUCAACCAAUCCAGUGCCUAGAUUGUUCAAUAGAUCUUUAGUAGCAUUAUAAUUUACCCAAAUAAUAUGCACAGAAAAAAAAUAAAAACACAUCCCGAAUUAGUGCCCACCAUUACCGAAAUACCUGUUUUCUAAAAUCUAGAUGCACGCUUUAGUUGCAAAGUGUGAUAAACCACGGGACGAGUGCCUUGCUUGAACCAAAGCAGUGUUUCUUUCCAGUUUUGAAACCUCUGUGCAUUUUUUUAUUCCUGUGAAUACCUCAGCUUCAAAAGGCCACCAUUUUUUUAAAUUGCUGGUGAGCCCAAUACUGUGGUGCUUUGCAAUGCUACCAUGCAAAGAACUAAACAAAGAUACCAAAGUUUUCUCUCUAUCUCAGUCUCUAUCUUCUUUCUCUUUAAGAUACCAAAGCUUUA